AUGCCAAAGGAUUUGCAAGAGUGCGGAAUUCCAAACAUCAUGUUCCGCUCCAAGUAUGGUGAGUUUGUGCUUCGGGUUUUGGCCGGUGCCAUCGUCUCGCUGUAUGCACCACCACCCGGAAAGUCCGCCAGGGAAAAUGGGCCAUCCGGCUCGGAGUGGGUCUUGUUUUCGCCGGGCAAGGACCGGUGUCUGCUUGGGAUUGUAAGCUCUUUACAAGUAUGAGGCUCGGACUCUUAUUUCGCACACGGCGGGGCUCCUGGGUUAGGGUCCUUAUACACUACGUCCAGCGAUCCAAGAAUGUAACGUACAGCUGGUGCUGUACCGAUCUAAACUCCAUUGCCCACCAGGCUGUCAACUA